GUUCUCUCGCCACUCUGUCUGUGUGACCGUGUCGGUUGCUGUUCCUUUUUUUUCUUCUCCCCUCUUUCAUUUUUUUUUCGGUGUUCUAUAGGGAGUUUGAGUAGAGAGCAAAUAAUUAGUUGUAAAUAACGAAAAACAAAUAAAAGGUGACAUAGGAAGAACCGAAGAAGAUUACUCGUAAGUCGUAACAAUUCUAAUCAGCAAUUAUGAAGUUCAAAUUCCCUAUUUCCCUUUCAUAAGUAGAAAAUAGAAUAACUGACCCGAAAUCAUGAAGGAAGCAAAUUCCUAAUAAUUGAGGAGAAUACAAAAGAUAGAAUAUCGCGAAACCGCUUUGCGUUGUUCAACAACUCCACGCGCCUUCUCCAUUGUUUCUGCUGCUUCCGCCUUUUUUGAAUUUCCUUUCUCCUACAUCACCACAAACGCGCAUUCUCUCCCACGCAUUUUCAUAUCAUUCUUUCCUUCUGCUUAGCCUCGAAUCUCGAACACGUGCAUCUGAAUCUGCAGGUCAGUUACUUUCUCUCAAUCUCUUCGCAUUGUGAUUCCUCUUUGUUCGUUGCACGUUUCACUUUUGUGUCUCGGUUUUUCACGCUUUUGCUUCUUAAUUUUCUGUUAAGCGCGACUUGUGUGAUAUUUGAUAGCUUAAGUUGACUCCUCCUCGAAAAUGCUCUUGUUUCCCGUGAAAACCGCUUCCACAGAAUAUUAACGCUGUGGAACUCCUUGAGACAAUUCUCGUUUUUCUUUACCUGUUCGACCGAUGAAUGAGUUUGAGCUAGCAAAAGGAAGAAAACUCUCCUUUUUUCUUUAUGAUUACUUUUUGAAGAUUAUACGCACUGCAUAUAGUUAUUAACUUGAUGAUACCGGUGCCUGCUCAAUAGCUAGGGCACAGAAAACUUACACCGUGAUCAUUAUGAAUUCUGUGGCUGGAAUUAACCGUGCGAUCUAGAUAAUUUUGGAUUUUAUAUAGGUGUAUAUGUAAUUAUAUAUUUCUGGUGCUAAGAAAUCGUGUGUUGACUCAUUCUUGGCUAAUUAGAUGUCUAAAGGUUUUGCAUUCCCCUGAGGAGGUUUAAGAGAACUCAGAGCUUGCGACUGUCACAUCGUUUUGGGAUAGAGAAAUGCCAGAAAUUCAAUUGGGUACACACACUAUCAGAUCACAUGGAACUAGUGUGGCAAGAAUACAUAUGCAUGACUGGUUUAUUCUUUUGCUUCUUGUGAUCAUUGAUGCUGUCUUGAAUAUAAUAGAGCCAUUCCAUCGUUUUGUUGGACGGGAUAUGAUGACAGACCUUAGCUACCCAUUGAAAGAUAAUACUAUUCCCUUUUGGGCAGUUCCGAUCAUUGCAAUAUUGUUGCCGCUGGUCAUCUUUCUUAUUUACUAUUUCAUUAGAAAGGAUGUUUAUGACUUUCACCAUGCUAUAUUGGGCCUUCUAUAUGCAGUCCUCAUUACUGCUGUGAUAACUGAUGCUAUCAAAGAUGGUGUUGGACGACCACGGCCAGAUUUCUUCUGGCGUUGUUUUCCUAAUGGAAAAGGGGUGUAUGAUCAAGUAACAACUGAUGUUAUGUGUACUGGAGAUAAAAGUGUUAUCAAGGAAGGGCACAAAAGCUUCCCAAGUGGACAUACCUCCUGGUCCUUUGCUGGUCUUGUUUAUCUGUCUUGGUAUCUAUCUGGAAAAGUUAGGGCGUUUGAUCGUAGCGGUCACAUUGCAAAGCUCUGUCUUGUUUUCUUUCCAAUCCUCAUGGCAUCUAUGGUUGCUGUCUCUCGUGUUGAUGAUUAUUGGCAUCAUUGGCAAGAUGUGUUUGCUGGAGGCCUAAUAGGGAGUGUAAUUGCUUCCUUUUGUUACUUGCAAUUCUUCCCACCACCAUAUGACACUGAUGGGUGGGGGCCUCAUGCAUAUUUCCGGAUGUUGGCUGAAUCUCAUAAUGCCGCUCGACCCUCUUCCGCCAAUAAUGACAGCCAGCGAGUGCAGUCCUCUGAGCUUCAGGCAGUAACUUUGUAUAUCCCACCUCACCAGGAGGGAGAUACACGAAGCAAUAGCUGGGAUUCAAGCCCCAUGUUAGGCGCACCACAAAAUGUCAGGACACACUGACUGCUGUAAAGAGAUUGGAAAGAUCACCGGGUGUAAAAAUUUUACGGGUUUGAGUUUUAGUUGCAGAUAAUAGACAUUAGCAUCAUCCUGUUAGAUAUAUAUGCGGAUGUCGAUCUCUUUGGUUUUAACUUUUGAGCUUCUUAUUGGAUUAGAAAUAUCUUGUAAGUUCGUUAUCCUUUUUAUAUAAUGCUUAGUUUUUACAGUCA